AUGGCAGUAUCUCCCGCUACUCCUUCUGGUCCAAGGAAAGAAAUGAACAUUCUGGAAUCUAACCAGUACUUGCUCUCUCAGCUGGAAGAAAGCAAACAGAAAUUGCAAGAUCUCAGAGAGAAAUACCUCACUUCCAAAGCUACGGCUUUCUCUCUGGCCAACCACCUGCAGAAAUAUGAGUGUGAGGAGUACCAAGAACUCAUUAAGUCUGUGCUGGAGGAGGAGCUGCAGUCUGAAGAGGGCGGUGUGGCAGAGGAGUUGAGACGAGGUGCAAGUCUUGGGAAAUCUGAUCGCCUAUUUCAGGCUCAGGCCCAAGAACUGACCUAUUUACGGCAGAAAAUACAGGAAGGGAGAGGCGUCUGCUAUCUUUUUGCUCAGCACGUGAAAAAUGCAGUCAGAUCUUUUGAGAGUGUCCUCGGGAGCACCGGCGUCACCAGCUAUGAUGGACAAAGACUCUGUGAGCAACUGACCCAAGGAAGCAAGCUGCCAGAGAACCUUGCCGCAGAAAAUCAUAAUAAGAAGGAUGAAGACAGACAAAGGCUACUGGCUCUCAGGUUCAGCAGGGAGGUCCCAGAAGAGGAAGCAAAUGAAGUCCUGGAAGACUCACUAGAUGAACAGUACUUGACUCCUUCUAGCCACUGUGACUGUCAACAGCCUUCUAGCAGCAAUGUGAUCUUGUCUAAUAUGCAAGAAGCCACCUCUGCUAUGGGCAGAGCCCCAGGACCUAGGUUUUUGAGCUCCUCCUUCAUCAGGAUGGGGGUCUCCUCUGCUGUCGUUCACUUUCCUGAUGUCUUGGCCAUCAUCAUCAUCCCCAAGCGUUCUCCCUACACCCUCCUGUUAGAGUGCCAUCACACGGAGGCCAUCCUUCUACAAUAUUGUACUGGGCCAGAAGGACAGUGA